UCCAUGGAAGCCACGCCCACUCUGCCGCUCCAGUCUGCUCAGUUUCGUCCCGCUGUUGGCCGCGUUUCUAACACAGGACUCUGUAAUCUUUCGCAAGGAUGUCUUUGAGUGAGAAAAGUGUGGAGGAGAUCAGUGAGUUGCUUGAUGAGUAUGGCAUCAAACAUGGACCCAUAGUAGACUCCACUCGAAAGCUGUAUGAGAAGAAGCUUGAGAAGGCCAUGGAGAACGCUCCGGUGAACACCUCCUCUGACAAGACCUACUACAGAGAGGAAGAGGAGGAGGUUACCUACAUCACAUACCACAGUCCGGUUAGACAUGAGGGUUACGCAGACAUGCUGAAACGAAGAGGCAACGCAGAGUCAGAUGAGGAUGACGAAUCAGACCAAGAUACAGAGCCCCCCAUCCAGAUGACGAACAGAGCAGCCAAUCACAGCACAGUGCGAUCUAAGGAGCCGGUCAGAAAGUCUGGGGGCAGCAUGUGGAAGGGGAUUCGGAUGCUGCUGCUGUUAGCUGUGUUAGCAGCUGUCGUCUACUACGCCUACUGUCACGUGAUAAACAAUGAAGAAAAUUAUUUUGGGGUUCAGUGAUCUCAUCUGUUUUUAAGAUGUCAGGGUUGUUUUUCAUUUGGCAUUUCUUCUCCUGUAAUAUUUAGGUGGGGAUUACUGUUUUUCAAUGUUUGUUUGUUGUUUAUUGUUUUCUUAUUCCAAUACACAGUUUUCCCACUGUGGACCCUUGAAAUGCUAAUGAUACCACAUUCCAUGAACUUUUAAAGGCUCGCCAUGUUCUAUAUUUCCUAGCGUCGCCAAAUCCCAUGAAAUGACAAAAAGAAAAAACAGACUAAUACCCCCUGCUGCCCCAUACACAAACUAGAGCAGCAAAUAGUCCCCAACAAAUGCACUGGGCAACCUUUGCUGAAAACUACAAUGCCCAGAUGUUUUAUGACAUUAUUGAUUCUUUUUUUAGAAAUAAAAAACUAUAUAAUUAAAGAUUUUCUUUGGGCUGAGAGCCACAGACAGAAUAGGAAAGUCAGACAGUAUGGAGACAGACCGACACCUGGUUUGUUGGGUCAUGAUUUUCAUGGGAUUUGCUAACAGUAAGAAAACUAAAGAAUAAUGCUGCUCCUCUCCUUUAAUUUCUUUGCUUUCUUGCAUAAAAUGUUGUACAAUGUUUUCAAGCCAUGCAGAGUUUUGUGUAUGUAAUGUCUUUUAUGCAACUUUUCUCUAUUAUGUGAUUUGUUCUUAUUUGUUAGAUAUAUAUGAUGUUAUGCGACACAACAGACUUGUGAUGAUAUCUGUCAUGUGUCCAAGCUGCCCUCCACAUCAUGACCAAUUAAAAACCAAAGACUGUUUUCCA